AUGGCAGCUGAGACUUCUUCGCCCGCGCGCGAGCCUGCCACAUCUACUCGUGGCCGUGGCAGAGGCGGGCGAGGUGGCCGUGGCCGAGGUCGAGGAGGUGGCAGAGGCGCUUCAAAUGCUGCCUUGUCAAAAUCUACCACUGCCUCUCGUGGCCGAGGCGGCACGCGCAGGGGGAGAGUAAAGAACUUCUCCGACUCGCGUGUACAGGCUGCGUAUGAGCGCCAGCGCGACCUCAAGGCUACCUAUCAGGCUGUCGCUUUUGCUCUCAAACCGGCCUUGCAGGAACUUGCUGAGCGGAAUGUUGAUGAGAUGCUGCAGAAGCCAGACUCCUACAAGCAGGCCAAGGAGUACAUGCCCAUUGUUGACCAGCUCAAGGAGAAGUUUGAUAAUAAGCUGCGCGAGUGUGACCGGCGCCUCGAGUGCGACCUCAACCUCGCCGAGCACAGUUUCAAUGCUGAUCAAUACGUUGCUGAGAAGGAAUUCCAGAAUGGUCUCAGUGACAUGAUGGAGCAAUUUUACGAGGGCCAGGAAAACCGCCUGCGCAUUCUCGCCGCCCUUCACUCCAAGGAUCUACCCGUUGAUGUUGAGGAUGACCAAUAUUACUAUCGCGUCAUCACCGACGCUGAGCUUGACAAUGACUUUGGCAUUUACGAAUGCUACAAGAAUAGUCAUCUCGUUCCUUAUCCCUCUCGUGUUCCCGGCACUGAGAUGUGGAGAAAAGCUCGCGACCCUGAUGCCUCUGCUGCUGUGCCAAGAGAAUCAUCUGCCGCUCCCACCAGAGGCAGAGGUCGGGGUCGUGGUGGUGCUGGCAUCAAGCGCAGAGCUGCUGACUUGCCAGAUGGCCAGUCAACACCAAAGAGAUCAGCUCGUAAUAUGGAUGAUAGCCAGCUCCUCGCUCCUGCACCCAUGGCCCCAGCCCCAAUGAAAGGCUUGCUCGCCUCAGCUGCUAACGUUGACGAGGAUCCUGAAGGCACUCCGGCAGAGGAAGAAUCAGUGCCCGCUUCGCCGGAGCCGACGCUCCUCAAUGGUAACGGCUCCUUCACUGGCCGAGCAAGCAGCCGGCAACAGGCCCGAGAAAAGAGCCCCCCCUUGCCGAAGAACAUUGGUGAACCCGAUGACUACGGCGUGCGCACUUACAACCAACGACCGUCAAUGCGAGAGAAGGGAAUUAACAGUCGAAUCCUCGCACCCCACGUCGUUUGGUUUGAAGACUGGGAAAUCGGUUUCAAAGACACUUCCAAUGAUUCUACAAAGGGUCAUACCCGCGCGAAACGAGGCAAAUACCUCGACACUCCCAACAGUAACGGCAUUCACUUUGAUCACUGGUGUAACGGCUAUGAUUUUUCUACCACUACACCUGAUGACUUUGACCAGGAAUUGGUCAAGCGACACGGCGUUCACCCCAAAUAUGGCAUCUUUCUUCCUACAAGCACAAAUGAGUCUGAGGAACACCAGCCCUAUAUCAUGCCAGGCAAACCCGUUGUAUACAUUGCCAACCCGUCCGGCAGAAUAUCUCACGCAUCCAGGUCAUUCCAGUCCACAACGAAUCAGCGUCGCUCAGAAGAAUUGCCUCUGAGGGAGAAGAUGAAGGCCAACCUGCGCCGGUUCUGCAAGAUGGCCGAAAUUGAGACGGAGGAUAUUAAUAUUGCCGAGUUUGUGAGAUCUGAUGACAUGCUUCGAUCAAAGUCACUGGGCACAGCCGACAAGGAGCUCAGCUCACGACCUCAGUUCUCCGAAACGACAUCGGAGGCCGAUGAGGAAGUCGAAUCUACUCCCCCGGAGCCCGAACAGCCAGAAGGCGGCAUCACUGGCUUAUCUGUAUUGACUUAUGCCACAGCCUAUGUUGCAGCACAGGACGUUACUCGUGCCGCCCCGCCCACGCCUAAACCCGCACGAUAUGAUGCAAUUCGGGACGUAUUUACCGACUCAAAGCCAGAUCCUGCUCCUGUCCCAGAAACCACCAAUUUGGGACUCAACUUUCUUGCAGAGUUAUGCAACGUUGAGACGCGCCUACCAGGAUGGGAAAACCGCCCAGAAGCCAUUUCCACACUUCCUAUUGUGGACUCGGAUGUGCGUACCACGAUCAAGCAUGAGGAACCGCCUACCGUCUCAUCAUUUUCUCAUGCACCGAUGAACCCAAGGCUCAGCCAGGAACCUCCUCCACUUUUUACACACAAUCAGCCGUCAGACCGUAUGACCUUGCCGCCUGCAUCGUCCAUUCACGAUCGGCCAGCAUAUCCUGUUCCCAUACCACAGGAUGCCGGUCACAGAGCAGACUACAAGUCCUCGGCUCCUCCUCCUCCUCCCCCUCCUCCGGGACCACCAUUGCAUGCUGACCACGGCGGGUAUUAUCCUCCCCCGGUUGCAUCCUAUCCACCUGGUCCUCGCGAGCCUCUGUUACCUAGCGGUCGACCUAUCGACCCUGGCUACAAUCCUCGUCGAUUGAGCAGCUAUGGCCCAGAGACUCCUCAACAGCCAGCUUACAGCAGCAUGUACUGGCCUCAGCAGCCUCCUCCAGCCGGGCCACCAGGACCACCACCAGUUCUUCCUCCCGCCAGCUCUACUGCCUCUUCGGCUCAUCAAGGCUACCCACUCCCCCCGCCGUCUUCUUCAAGUGGAAGAUUAUCGUUCUCCCAGACUGCGAGUGCUGAGCCCCUACCCCCUCUGAGGCCACCACGCGGGCGUACACAGUCUGUUCCGGAGGAGCCACCGUAUGAUCCAACGAUGCGUGGUAGCAUACAUAAUUCAUACUACCAGCCACCCCCGUCACGAUCUUAUCAACGGGGAUAUCCCGUUCCAGAGCCGCACCAGCCUCCUCCGCUACAGCCCAUUUUGGGAGAAAGGAUACUCCCGAACCCACAACAGAGCAGCGCUUCCUAUAUGGGCUCCCCUCCACCGCCCUAUGCGCCACAGAUCAUGUCUCCGACAUUCGCUAACGCCCCCGGACUGCCAGGGCAACUGGGUCAGAGCCCUCCCGGCACACCUCAUGGGGGACCGCCCGGCUCCGCACAUCGGCACAGAUCGACGCCUUCUGGGUCGUCAGACGCGGGAUCGAACAAGUACCGCAAGUUACAACCAGCUCCGGUACCAGCUCACCGAGCAUGGUCCAACAAACCCGAAUUGAAGACGAUCCCAUAUGACCACAAGGAAACGGGCUCUUCGGCUGCGUUGCCUAGCUCUGGCCCCACGCAGAUAAGAGGUUGGAACGUGAACCAGCACCGCAAACGAAGCAAGCAAGACAAGGGUGACAUUUCAAACGACAGAGACGAAUCCAGAUAG